UGUGGGCCUCAUUAAAACUGAAAUUCUGCACUUUUCCGUACAGCCGAGUUUCAAAGUUUUGGACUUUUCCUGCGUGUUUGAGUCAGUCUGUUGCAACCGCAUGUCCUUGAAAAGUGACUGUGCAGGGACGGGUCGUUAUUUACACAAUAAGUAAUGAUUACAUCAAAGGAUUUAUCCCCUUAAAUGACAGUAAUUUGCAAGCAACCAUUACUGGAACAGAUAUACAGAGCAGUUUGGUCGAUCCUUAACUGGAGCACAACACAAUGACGUUCUGUUGGGUUGCUGCUUUUCUCCUCUUGGCAUACUUCUGCCACAGCACCGUUUCUUGUCCAGCCUUGUGCAAAUGCUACCCCGGAAGAACGGAGGUUGUUUGUAACGAGGUUCCCCUCACAGAGUUUCCAACAGAGGGUCUUCCAGAGAACACCACCAUGCUGACGAUUCAGCUCACGAACAUCACCUCCAUCUCGGAACAUCAUCUGAAAGCAACGCCACUGCUGCGAGAGCUCCACGUGUACGGGAACCACCUUCGCAGCCUUUCCUCUCGUUUGCUCAGGGGCGUUCCUCGGCUGCAUACGUUGGAUCUGACGGGAAACAAGCUGAGCGAUCUGCCUGACGAUGUCUUCCGCGACGCCCCGCUUCAGAACCUGAUUCUGAAGAACAAUCAACUUCAGAAAGCGGAUGCAAAGUGGUUUCCUGAUACCAGCAUCUUGACCUGGCUGGACUUAUCUGGAAACCAAAUAACAGAGCUCUCGGUCGGUUUGUCUCAGAGGCUCCCUCACCUGGAGAUUCUCGACGUGUCCGACAACCGGCUGGAAGAGAUGGCGCCGAACUCUCUGCACCGUCUGACCAAACUCCAGAGGCUAAGCCUGCACAACAACAAGCUCAAGACUUUGGAUGAGUCCGUUUUCCGGGACACGCGCAACCUCACGUCUCUCUUCCUCAAUGGGAACCAGCUCAGCAAACUCCCACAGAACCUUUUCCAGGGACUCACCAGGCUCACACAUCUCAGUCUGGAUGACAACCAGCUGACCCUCAUCCCCAAAGGUCUGCUCGACCCGUUGAGCUCCCUUGAGGAUGACGGACUGGACCUGACUGUCAACCCCCUGCUUUGUGACGGGGAGGUGGAGUACCUGUGGAGGUGGCUCCAGCAGAACAAGAAGAAGGUUCUCUUGGCAGACAACAUCACCUGUGCUUUGCCUGAGUCUCUCGCAGGGCGCUCAUUAAUUUCCCUCACAGCAAACGAUCUGAACAUCGGGUCUCAGCUGUCUUGAUGCUGCCUGACGUUAAAUGUACGAAAAGGCUGGUUCAGGAUGGUUGAAGUGACGUCCUGUUAAACUUUAGAAGAAGUCAAUUUCUUGAAUGCAGUAGGUAACCUUUCCAGCAUUGUUGAUUUAGUAUAAAUCCACUUUAGUCUGACUCAGAGGCUGAAGCCAAUGGCUGGUCCAAGAGGACACCAAUGUGGACGUCUACCCCCUUAAAGCAACUUUGAUCCCAGAAAAGCCACGGCAGAUUAUCCUAUUAUCCAUCAUGUUUGAUUGCUAGGUUAUGUACAAAAGAAAUUCUGAUUAUUUUACAUAGGAAACAAAGACUCUAGUCCUGGUCUUUCCGCAUGAAACACAACUUUGCAAUAAGUAAAGCCUUUUCAGUUGGAGUCACUGUGCAACGAGGUUUAAAAAGCAAAAAGUUUAUUUGUUUUAAGUGACCACUUUUAAUGGUUUUAAACUCUGCUGAAACGUUUUAGAUAUUUAUUCCAACAGGAAGCAUUUACAUGUUUGUUCAUAGAGCAUGCUUCUGUACAGGAAGACCAUUGGCGGUGCCCUGCCUCCGACUUUCUCCUCCUGAGUAAAUAAUGUUUGGCUUCAGAGUGAAUUGUUGCAAAAUGCUAACACGACAAUUAUUUAAAGGUUCCUAAAUGAACAGUAAAAUUUCUAAGAUAAUUUGAUGGAGUUCUUUAAACACAGAAGGCGGAUGAUUUGGUCUCGUCUUGGCUUGGACUCGCUGGUAACACCUAAUCUGGACAUGUUAUCUGCUGCAGAUGAGAUAUUAGCUGCUUAUGACAUUUCAGUAAAUCUUCUUAAAUCUAUGACCAUCCUUUAAGCAUUCUUUUAUAUUCCACGGUUGAAUGUUAUUUGGAAAUCCUAGUUUACUUAUUUUUCUAAACAAUAUUUUUGGAAAGGAUAGAUGAUUGUCAACUUUAUCAAGGUUGGGUUUAGCUUGGUGUAAAUACAAUAUAUACAUAACAAGGAGAGAUAUGUAACAUUAAAGCAGGUGUUAAGCAUAUUUUGCAUUAAGCCCUAAUUUCUGUAUUGAUUUUUGGUCUGAUAUAAUGUUCUUGUGUUCUAAGUGUAAAGUCUUUAUUGUUAACAGAAAAGCUUGAAAACAUCAAUCUGUGUGUCAGUAAUCUGUGGAAUGUGUUUGAGGUGGGGAACUGAACUACUAAAUAAAUAAAUAAAUUUACUUCCUA